GGCUCCCCUCCCACCCUCUCCGGAUAAAUGGGCCGCCGAGAGGCGGCAGGCGGGCGGACGGCGGGAGCUUGUGGACGAGCGCGGCCCGCCCGUCCUCUUCCCUCCGCCGCACCCAGCGCUCCCUGCCGGCGGGGCUGCCCCGGGCUCCGCCGCGUGUAAAUGGCUGCAUACCCGAGGGGCUGAGGCAGGGGGAAUCGGGCCUUUCUGCUUUUCCCCAGUGGCCGCCUGACGGGCAGGAGGCGGCUGGGCUGGACAGGACGCGGGGGCCGGGUGGAGGGAAGGCGGCCGGGGUAGCCCGGUCCUGCUGAUGCUGGCUUUUCCACCCCGCAGCAGGCUCAGUCCGGGCUCCGGCAGGCUGGUGGCGACGACUGGGACUCAAGAGGGACUCCCUGGGCUUCCUUCCCCUUCCCUCCCUCAGCGGCGGGCGGCGCUGGAGGAUUUUCUCCCGCUGCGACCCCCUCGCUGCCCCUCAGACAUGGUAGGUCACCUACAGCUGCAAGGGAUGGACGAGAGCCUGAAGGAGAAGAGCCGGGAAGGCUUGUUGGACAGCCCGGACUCGGGGCUGCCCCCCAGCCCCAGCCCCCCUUUCUACUCCCUCUCGCCCGGUGAGGGUCGAACUGGGGGCAGCAGCGGUGCGGACCCCCCAGCCGCGGGGCACCGGCGAGAGGCCAAGGACGGCAAAGUGAUGCCAUACCUGCUCCUGAACCCAUCCAUGCUGGAGAUGAAGCCUCGAAUGUACCCUGUGUUUUUUGGAGAGAGCAUUGAGGUCAACCCUGAGCCUGUGCAGGAGAUCAGGUGCAAUUCCGAGGUGAAGUACGACUCCGAGAAGCAUUAUCGGGAUGACAUCUUCUACAGCCCCAUCCCCACCGUCACCACCUACAGCGAGACCAUCAUUGCUGCUCCCAAUAGCACCUGGCGGAACUACAAGUCCCAGCUGAUCUUCGAGCCCCGCCAGAAGCCGCUGAAGUUUCAGAGCACGACCAUCAUUUUCCCCAAGCGUGCCAAGAACAUUUACCGGACCACCCUCAACUACAGCUUGGGUUGUGCCAAGCGCUGGUUUGCUUCCAGUGUGCAGCUGGAACUCUGUGAGGAAAGCAGCCCCUGCGUCAUCUACAGCGAGACCCUCUGAUGCGCCCUGCCGCUGGCAACUGCGUGACCUCAAGGAGGCCCUGGCCUUUGCUGGGACUCUGGCUGGGCCUCCGUCGAUGGCGACUGAGUAUUACUGGCUGGAGAACACGUCGUCUCGGGUGAGGCCGAACUGGCUGGGAGGAGGCUUGCAGGGCACGGGAUGGUUUUGAUCAGAGACAGGCUGGCUUGUAUUCUGCAACGUUCCUGGCAUUCAUGAUCUGGAUUUUUUUGUUGCUUCCCUCAAGUAUAUCUAUUUUUGACUUGUGUUUAGAUGAAAUCAAGAUGACAAAGGACCCUAUUACCCGUAGCAGUGAGCUGCCUCCUGAGCUCUGUAAGUCUCAUGUAGCACACAGGUGAGACUCCCUGUAACCUUCAGUGAUAUUCUGACCUCUGCAAAGGGAAGACCAAGUGCAGAGCCAGUGUCCAGUUUGCCCGGCAUACACCAAGCCAGGUCUCUUAGAAUUCAAAUGCAGAGGAAGUGGUUAUUUGCAUCAAUGCCUCGCAGCUUGCUCCAACAGCUCAUCUGAGAGAGCUUCAAUAUUACACCACUGCAGUAACCUUAGGCCUGAUUUACUGUGAGGGGGGACUGUCACUGAGAAAAAGAGGAAGGAAACAGGCGCAAGGGCUCUUGCUAGCAGCUAGAUGUUUAUCUGCCAUAGCAAGGCACAGGUCAACCAGGAGAUAGGAGAAAGGUCUACACUGAUGCACAGACACUACUUCUGUGAGCCCAGCCAAGAGUACACAAAGGAGGCUGAGGAAACUGAAUAGCUGAAGGGCUAUUUUCUAAAGGUGUCCAAGUGAUUUAGGAACCCAGGGCCCUUAUACUCCCAGU